CCGGCUCCGGCGGCGCCGGCUCCGCUCUGCUCCGCGUCUCCUCCAACCCCAGCGCCGCGAGGGAGUCCUUGCGCUCCCGCGGGCAGGGCCAGGCCCGCCCCAGCCCCGCUGCGCCAGCGGGGCCUGGCCGGGGUGGGAGAGGAGGAGGAGGGACUCCGCAGCGGCAACAACUGACGUGUCCCCGCCAUGGAGCUCGGCGUGAUUCAUCAGCGGCUGCGGGGCGGCAGCGGGGCGCCGUGCUCCGUUCCCGCGUAGGCACUGCCGCGGCGGGGACAGCCCCGGCACCGCUCUGCCGCCCGCGCCGCCCUCCUCCCUCCUCCUCCUCCUCCUCCUCCUCCUUCUCUUCCUCGUCGCCUCUCUUCUUCCCCCGCGGCUAGGCGAAUAGCCCGGGGGAGGCAAGAUGGAAGAAAUCCUACGAAAGCUGCAGAAGGAGGCGUCGGGGAGCAAGCACAGGGCCAUCAAGGAGAGCUGCACCUGGGCCAUCGAAACCUUGGAUUCUCCUGAUGCUGCUAUCAAGAUACCACCAUAUCAGCUGAGGGAGAAGUGUCUCCUUCCUCUUCAACUGGCUCUGGAAUCAAAGAGCAUGAAGCUGGCCCAACAGGCUCUAGCAGGGAUGCAGAAGCUGCUGUCUGAUGAGAGGUUUGUAUCCGUGGAAACAGACUCAGAUGAGAAACAGUUGCUUAAUCAGAUGCUGAAUGCUGUCAAAGUGACUCCUUCGCUCAAUGAAGACCUGCAAGUUGAAGUGAUGAAGGUCUUGCUCUGUAUAACAUAUACCUCCACCUUUGAGCUGAAUGGCAGUUCGGUGUUGAAGAUUGCUGAGGUUUGCAUUGAGACAUAUGUAUCUAGCUGUCACCAGCGGAGCAUUAACACCGCUGUGCGGGCAACCCUCAGCCAAAUGUUGAGUGACUUGACUUUACAGUUACGACAAAAGCAAGAAAACAUGAUAGUUGAAAACCCUGACACCUUGCAGAAAUUCAAGAGUCAAGGUACUUCAGCUGAGUCUCUUUGUGAUGAUGUUGUAUCUGUCCUCACUGUGCUCUGUGAGAAACUCCAGGCUGUCAUAAAUGACAAUCGUCAACUUCAGCUUCUUUACUUGGAGUGUAUCCUCUCCAUGCUGAACAGCUCCUCCCCUAGCAUGCACCAGCACAAAGGAUUCACUGAUCUAAUAUGGAAGCAACUGUGUCCAGCCUUAAUAGUAAUCCUGGGAAAUCCAAUCCAUGACAAAACUAUCACCUCUGCCCACAGCAGCAUCUGCCUUGAGGCUGAUUCACCUUCCUCAGGGAUCUCUGAUCAUGGCCGGGGUUCAGGUUGUUCUUCCACAGCACCUGCCCUUAGUGGGCCCGUUGCACGGACCAUAUAUUAUAUUGCAGCAGAACUGGUUCGACUGGUGGGGUCAGUGGAAUCCAUGAAGCCUGUGCUACAGUCUCUGUAUCACCGGAUGUUGCUUUACCCACCACCUCAGCAUCGAGUAGAAGCCAUCAAAAUUAUGAAAGAGAUACUUGGCAGUCCUCGGCAGCUUUGUGAUUUGGCAGGGCCUAGCUCUUCUGAGUCAGAAUCCAAGAAGAGGUCUAUUUCUAAAAGGAAGUCCCAUCUGGAUCUUCUCAAGCUUAUCAUGGAUGGGAUGACGGAAGCGUGCAUCAAAGGUGGUAUUGAAGCCUGUUACGCUUCAGUGUCCUGCGUCUUUGCCCUGCUUGGAACAUUAGAUGAGCUGAGUCAAGGGAGGGGUCUUAGUGAAGAGCAGAUCCAGCUGCUGAUCCAGCGCAUGGAAGAAUUGAAGGAUGGGACUGAGACAUGCAGGGACUCCAUGGAGAUCAAUGAUGCCGACUUCAGGUGGCAAAGACGCAUUCUGUCCUCAGAAAACCCUGCCUGGGAAUCCGGAAAUGAGAAGAGUCCCGAUAUCAGUAUUAGUGUUACCACAGACACUGGUCAGACUACUUUGGAAGGGGAUAUGGGACAAACAACUCCAGAGGAUAAUCCAGAAAAUCAAAAAAACUCCCUGCCAUCUCCAGCUGGACACGAAAGCAAAGAGAUUCAUUACAGAGAACCAGAGUCAGAAACCAUUGACCAGCCAGAUGUUGUUCAAAGAAGCCACACCAUAGUCUAUCCAGAUAUAACUAACUUUUUAUCGGUUGAUUGCAAGACCCGGUCCUAUGGAUCCAGAUACAGUGAAAGUAACUUCAGUGUAGAUGACCAGGACCUUUCUAGGACUGAGUUUGAUUCAUGUGAUCAGUAUUCUAUGGCAGCAGAAAAGGAUUCGGGCAGGUCUGAUGUGUCAGACAUAGGUUCUGACAAUUGCUCCCUGGCUGAUGAGGAGCAGACACCACGGGAUUGCCCAGGUCACAGGUCCUUACGCACUGCUGCUCUCUCUCUGAAGUUGCUGAAGAGCCAAGAAGCGGAUCAACACAGUGCACGGCUCUUCAUCCAGUCACUUGAAGCGCUUCUUCCUAGGCUUAUAGCUCUUCCCAGCAUAGAAGAAGUGGAUGGAGCACUGCAGAGCUUCUCUUCAACAUUCUGCUCAGGUAUGAUGCACUCACCAGGAUUUGAGGGAAACCUAAAUUUCAACUUCCAGACUCUGAUGAAUGCAGACAGUCUCUAUGUGGUAUCACAUUACACUUUGCUGCUCAACCUAAAAUUGGCAAACUCGGAUUACUACAGGAAGAAGCCUGCCCAAGCCCCUGUGUUGCUGAAGGAGUUCAUGAAGCAGGUCCAGUCCAGUGGAGUGUUGAUGGUAUUUUCCCAGGCGUGGGUUGAAGAACUGUACCACCAGGUACUAGAAAGGAACAUGCUAGGGGAAGCUGGAUACUGGGGAAGCCCUGAGGAGCACAGCCUUCCACUUAUCAGCAUGCUGACGGACAUUGACGGCUUGGGCAGCAGUGCAAUUGGUGGCCAGUUGAUGGCAUCUGCUUCAGCUCAAUCUCCUCUUUCCCAGAACCGGAAGACAGAUGAUUCUGUUGUUGCAGGAAUUGCUUUUGCCCGAUACAUUUUAAUUGGCUGUUGGAAGAACUUGAUUGACACUUUGUCCACCCCGCUGACCGGCCGCAUGGCAGGCAGCUCCAAGGGGCUGGCCUUCAUCUUGGGAGCAGAAGGAGCCAAAGAGCAGAACCAGAAGGAGAAGGACUCCAUCUGUGUGAGCCUGGAUGGACUACGGAGGGCAGCCCGGCUGAGCUGUGCUCUAGGAGUUGCUGCUAACUGUGCAUCUGCUCUUGCCCAAAUGUCUGCGGCCUCCUGUGUCCAAGAAGAGAAAGAGGAAAAAGAAAUCCAAGAACCCAGUGAUGCUAUAGCUCAAGUGAAACAGAAAGUGGAGCAGAAACUGGAGCAGAUGGGGAAAGUGCAGGGAGUCUGCCUGCACACUGCUCAUGUUUUGUGUAUGGAUGCAGUCCUUAAUGUGGGUCUGGAGAUGGGAAGCCAUAAUCAGGACUGUUGGCCUCAUGUAUUCAGGGUGUGUGAGUACAUCAGCACACUGGAGCACACCCACUUCAGUGAUGGUGCUGCCCAGCCCUCCCUUACCAUCACCCAGUCACAGCAAGCACCUGGAGGGCAGCACCCAGACUCUGAGCCCGGGGAGGCUCCUCAGGCACUGACCCCCGAGCAAGAGACCACCCUCAGCACCCACCCUGUCAUUCAGCCAGUUUCUAUCCAGGAUCUCAUCAAGGACAGCAGUAAGGGCAGAGCUUUUGACUUCCGUGGAGGCAGUUUGCUGUGUGGUACCAGUGCUGCCAAGGCUGUUCUCACGCUCUCCACACAGGCUGACAGGCUUUUUGAAGAUGCUGCUGACAAGUUAAACUUGACGGCAUUGGCAGGCUUCCUUUACCAGCUCAAGAAGGCUUCUCAGGCCCAGCUUUUCCAUUCAGUCACAGAUACAGUUGAUUAUUCACUAGCAAUGCCAGGUGAAGUAAAAUCUACACAGGACAGGAGAAGUGCUCUUCACUUAUUCCGACUUGGGGAUGCCAUGCUCAGAAUUGUAAGGAGUAAAUCCCGCCCAUUGCUCCACCUCAUGCGCUGCUGGAGCCUGGUGGCUCCUCACCUUGUAGAGGCUGCCUGUCACAAGGAGAGACAUGUGUCUCAGAAGGCUGUCUCCUUCAUCCAUGACAUCCUCACAGAAGUGCUGAUGGACUGGAACGAGCCUUCUCACUUUCACUUCAAUGAGGCACUUUUCCGCCCCUUUGAGCACAUCAUGCAGCUGGAGCUGUGUGAUGAGGAUGUCCAAGACCAGGUGAUCACCUCUAUAGGAGAAUUGGUGGAAAUGUGUUCUACCCAGAUCCAGUCGGGAUGGAGACCCCUGUUCAGUGCCCUGGAAACUGUACAUAGCAGCAGCAAGUCAGAGGUCAAAGAGUACCUCGUAGGAGAAUACUCUAUGGGGAAACGCCAAGCUCCGGUGUUUGAUGUCUUUGAAGCAUUUCUAAACACAGACAACAUCCAGGUCUUUGCCAACGCUGCCACCAGUUAUAUUAUGUGCCUUAUGAAGUUUGUCAAAGGACUGGGGGAAGUAGAUUGUAAGGAGAUGGGUGACUGUGUGCCAGGAUCAGGAUCUGCAUCUACAGACUUGUGCCUGCCUGCACUUGAUUACCUCAGGAGAUGUUCUCAGUUGUUAGCCAAAAUCUAUAAAAUGCCCUUGAAACCCAUCUUCCUCAGUGGCCGGCUGGUUAACUUGCCCCGAAGAGCGCAGGAACAGUCAGCCAGCAGUGAGGAUGGGAUUGAGUGCAUCCUUUCUGACUUUGAUGAUGACACGGGCCUUAUCAAUGUCUGGAUUAUUCUGCUGGAAGAAUUAACAACUGCCAUAUCCAACUGUCCCCGUCAGCACCAGCCUCCUACUUUGGAUCUGCUCUUUGAGUUGCUAAGGGACAUUGCCAAGACACCUGGACCAGGAUUUGGCAUUUAUGCAGUUGUACAUCUUCUUCUUCCCACGAUGUCUCUUUGGCUCCAUCGCAGCCAUGGUGACCACUCUUACUGGGAUGUGGCAUCUUCUAAUUUCAAGCAUGCCAUUGGCCUUUCCAGUGAACUUGUGGUGGAGCACAUUCAAAAUUUUAUACACUCAGAUAUUGGUUAUGAGAAUAUGAUCAAUACUAUGUUGAAAGAUCUUUUCAAGUUACUGGUAGCCUGUGUAGCAGAACCAACAGAAAUUAUUUCCAGAGUUGGCUGUUCCUGUAUCAGGUAUGUGUUGGUGACAGCAGGGCCUGUUUUUACUGAAGAGAUGUGGAGGCUUGCAUGUUGUGCCUUGCAGGAUGCAUUCUCUGCCACUCUGGAGCCAGUAAAGAACCUGUUGGGCUAUUUCCACAGUGGUACUGAAAGCUUCAGUGGAGAUGCCUGUGAAGUGAAGGUGGCAGCCCCCUCCCUCUCGCCAAGUGCUGAAGCUGAGUACUGGAGGAUCAGAGCCAUGGCACAGCAGGUCUUCAUGCUGGAGACUCAGUGCUCCCCAAAAACCCCUAACAACAAGGAAGGGUUUGAACAUGCCCAGUCGUGUGUGCUCAUCAUUGACCUGCCACCAGAUAAGAAACCAAAUGGGCAUAACCAGAGAAGCAUUCCUUUCAGGACAAUAGUGGUGAGCUUGCUGUCCCACCAAGUACUGCUCCAGAAUUUAUAUGACAUCUUACUGGAAGAAUUUGUGAAAGGCCCUUCUAACUUAGAGGAGAAAAUGUCAAUACAAGUACCAGAAAACAAGUUGGCUGGUUUUCUCAGGUACAUCUCCAUGCAAAACCUGGCUGUUAUCUUUGACUUACUUCUGGACUCCUACAGAACAGCCAGAGAGUUUGACACCAGACCUGGGCUGAAGUGUUUGUUGAAAAAAGUGUCUGGCAUUGGUGGAGCUGCCAACUUGUAUCGCCAGUCAGCAAUGAGCUUCAACAUCUACUUCCAUGCCUUGGUUUGUGCAAUCCUGACAAACCAGGAGAACAUCACUGCAGAACAAGUGAAAAAGAUCCUCUUUGAAGAUGAUGAGAGGAGCACGGACUCAUCACAGCAGUGUUCUUCAGAAGAUGAAGACAUUUUUGAAGAAACUGCCCAGGUCAGUCCCCCACGAGGGAAGGAGAAGAGGCAGUGGAGGGCUCGAAUCCCAUCUUUGAGCGUCCAGCCGGUCAGCAAUGCAGACUGGGGGUGGCUGAUCAAGCGGCUUCACAAGCUCUGCAUGGAACUGUGCAACAACUACAUCCAAAUGCAUCUGGACCUGGAGAACAAUGUAGAGGAGCCUCCAGUUUUCAAAGGUGACUCUUUCUUCAUUUUACCAUCUUUUCACUCAGAAACCUCCAGCCCAUCAACCGGAGGGCUGUCUGGAAAGGACACACCAUCAGAAGAUGACCGAAGUCAAAUCAGAGACCAACUGGGAGACAGCUUGACACCUCGAGGAGGGAGUGGAGAAAUAUUGCUGCUACCCCCACCCCUGAGUCCUAAACAAGAAAAGAAAGAGCAAACCAAGAAAAAAGAAUGGUGGGAGAGUGCUGGCAACAAAAUCUACACCAUAGCCACUGACAAAACCAUCUCCAAGUUUAUGACAGAAUACAAAAAGAGAAAGCAGCAACAGGCCAUGACAUCCUUCACCAAAGAGGUCAAAGUGGAAAAGAAAGGGGAACUCCUGGGUUCAAGAGGGCCAGACUCACCUGUCCUCCAGCGACCACAGCAUCUUCUAGAUCAAGGUCAAAUGAGGCAUUCAUUCAGUGCUGGUCCAGAGAUCCUGAGACAAGAGAAGAGACCCCGUUCAGGGUCCACAGUCAGCUCCCUGAAUAUAUCUAUUAGGGAUGCAGAGGCUCAGAUACAGGCAUGGACCAACAUGGUGUUGACAGUUCUCAACCAGAUUCAGGCUCUGCCAGACCAAACCUUCACAGCCCUGCAGCCAGCAGUGUUUCCCUGUAUCAGCCAGCUGACUUGCCACGUGACAGAUAUCCGUGUCCGCCAGGCAGUACGGGAAUGGCUGGGAAGAGUGGGCCGAGUUUACGAUAUCAUCAUUUAAACCAAGCUGUGUUCUGUUGCAAAAAGCAGAAGACAUUCAAGGUAUACAGCAAAGAAGUACUUGGGGUUCAUUAAUUGCCUAUUUGUUGGUGAGAAAUUAAGAAAACAACGAGCUUGUCAAUUUAUAUUGUCUGUCCACCUGAGAUUGUGUCCCUCACUCACACCAGCAAAGGAGGCAAAGCACGUUUAGAAGAUUUGGCAUGGCACCAGGACCUGUCCCUAGAUUAAGCUCCUACCAGAAGAGGUGCAUUUCAUAGCCUUCAUUUUAAUUCAAAUUUGCAGCAGUGAGAGCCACCAGAAACUGCAGCAGAACUUCCACACUUGGAAUUAGCUGUGAGUGCAACUGUCAUGUGGGUGUCAAACCAGGUCAGUAAACCUAUUUAACUUAGAAAAUAAAUAAAUAAAUCCAAGUCAGUGAAAAGGUGGGGUUACAGGACAAGUAAGAAGAUGACAUUUUUUAGGGUAACAUCUUCCCUUCAAAAAUUGGCAUGAGAGAGGGUAGCCAAGAUUGUUGUAGUAACUAAAUGUGUCGCUCCUUAGAGAAAGUGGAAAGUGGAUCCUUUCAUUGCUCUUAUGGAGUAUUGCUCGAAGAGAAAUGGCACUGUCAAGCUGCCCUCUCUGCAGCACCACCCUGGCUGCCUCUUCACCUAUGCCUACAGCUGAGCAUUUUGCCACAUGUCUAAUUCCCUCUAAGGGCAAAAGGGAAGUUUGUUUUGCUCUUUCCUGUGAAGCUGUGGGGAAGACACACCACAGCAAAUACCAGCAUGUGCCAGUAUCCAUCAUUCAACUAAGCAGGGUAAAGUGUUCCAGUUUAAGCACCAGUGGCAGCUAUUAUUCUACUGGAAAUUUGUGUUUGCUUAUGUAGAGCUGCUGUAGCCAGGAACAACCUUAUCACCUUCAUUAAAUGUAGCCUAUCACUCCACUUGGAGCUGAAGCAAGAUGGAAAAUGGUAUGAAACGGAGGUAUAUUUCCUGUUUCUCUCUCAUUUCUUGUCUGCUGCUGUAAAUAGAAAAGGGCAGAUCCUCAUGGAGGUACAUCCCCUCUCCAUGCAGCACUCCUAUUGGGACUACCGCAAUUUGCUGUUAUUAAUAAGAGGGAGGAGAAGGGGAGGGAUUGACUAUUGUGUUGUCAAAUGCAUAUGUGAUGCUUUUCACACUAUACAAAGCAAGGUGUUACCUUGCUGCACAAGUUAUGUCACAGCUGUUGGGACAUUUCAUCUCAUACUCCCAUGUGAUAUCAUUUGUUGAAAAUUUGUUGAAAAUUAGUUGAUUUUAAUUUUGGGUGACCCUUAAUGCUGUUCUCCCAAGGCUUUUAAAAUAUGCAUGCCAACUAAAUAUACAGCUUCAGUCCCUGCUCCAAAACAUCCUAAGAAUAUCAUCCCUUUAUGUAAGGCCUGGAUUUUGCAAAAGCAACUGCUUUUUGCAUCUUAAACCUGGAAAAACAGAGGGAGCCAAGAAGCUCCACUGAACAGCCAUCUCCCAAGCUGCUUUGUUUACAAAGAGUCUGACACUACCCUCCUGCCUUUUCCCUCCAUUGCCUACUUCCCAUUUGUCACCUGCUAGUCUUGUGCAGGGAGUAUUUGUCCUGUAACUUUCUGUAGUGCCAGUCAUGCUGUUUCUCUUUAUAAAUAAAGUUCCUUUUGCUAAAUUGUUUAAAGGACAUAAAAAAUUUGCAAAACCAGCUCUUUUGUAUGACCUAAUCCAACUUUAUGAAUUACUAAUUUAACAAUGUUUUCAAUUGUCAAUUUUCUCCCAACAGUCUUAAUACUUCCUCCGGGACAGGUUAGAUUAUGCUUUGGUAUCUGGGAAAGUAGUAGCAUAGUUUGAUUUCUGUUGCCAUGUCUUUCUUAUACAUCUUUAGGUAGAGUGAAAGUGUGGUUACAUUUUUUGUUAAAGUUUUUAUUUAGCAUUUAUACAGUACAUUUAUUAGGCAACAACAGAAAUCAGAAUAAUAAACAAUAUUCAAAGCAGCCACCUCUGAUGGUUUUCAUUAUAAAUGCAUUGAAUGGAUGCAGGUCCUUGCUGUACUGAUCUAAAACUAAAGCAAAUCCCUACAUUAUGUAGGGGAAAUAAAUUUAUAGCAGUACUAGUGAAAUCAUUCAGGACUACAGGAGAGGUCCUAGAAUCUAGGAAACACCAUGGUUGUAUUGUGGUUGCAAUACAAAAUCCUUCUGUAAAUCAGAAAGAAAAGCUUUAGGAGUGUCAAUACCAUUACCACCACCUCCCUUAAACUCAUGAACACAGUAUAACCUGAUUAGCCACCAUCUUGACCUAAAAUGUAAUUUCAUUUUAACUAUUUACACUACAAAUACCACAUUGGGAAAUGAGGACAAGUACAUUUGCUAUGUUGCUGUUGGCCUGUUUUGAACUUCGUCCUUCAAAUUAUGCACUAAGUGCCCACUGUCACCCUCAGUGCCUCUACUUGUUAAGAGCCCUCCCUAAAAGGUUAUAAGUAACUUUGAAUAAUUCCAGAAAUGUAAUUUAGAAGGAGGGGAGAAGGAAUAUUUGAAGCAGCAAUUAUUUACAGAGCAAUUUACAGAGCAAAGUUCAGCAUGUGCUGCUCUUCCUUUUCCUUGUGUGUAUAAAAUGCUAACCAGGUGAGGAGAGCAGCCCAUGGCCACUUCAGUAACCACAACCAUGAGAUAUAGAAGCAAAAGCUUUCUGAUGCGCCUUAAAAACAUAAAUAAAAAUCAGUUGGUUCAUCAGAUUCUCAGCAACUGCUAGUUUAGCUAUAGACAUCAGUAAGCCCCAAAGAGGUAGAAUAAAAAAUGUGUCAUAUCACCAUUUCAUAGGUCCUGUGUGGCCUGUUUCAUGGCUCAUGACUGCCAGCAUGAUACCUUCAGACCUCAUAAAGCAAGCUUUUAGCCCAAAGGAGAAGUCUGCCAGAACAGUCCCAGGAAAAGAGGGCUGGCAUCAGCCUGUCCUAAGCUUCAGAGGGGGAAUUCCAUACACUGCACACCCCAAUCAUGUCCAUGCUACAGUGGCUUUUCUGCUUUCUGCUUGUGAAUGAGGAAGCACCUCAGUCAGUAGCAGUAGUAGUCCUUGUAUCCACGUGUGUAUUCACACAUGUAUCCCAUUCAAAUCCUUACUGUUAGCUCUAUAACCUCGUGUAUGGCAGAAUACUGGCAGCUUUACUGUUGAACCAAACAUUUGAACCUUGAGCAAACCAUCUGCACAGACCUGGGAAUACUUUCCUUGUACAACUCCCAGCACAGGCAACACAGCUUUUGCCUCCUCACAGAUGAAAAAUUUCUGUCAUCUGCGCUGUGGCUUGCUCAUGUCAAGGCCAUGCACAGUUUACACCUGUGACUCGUAAGGUGCUUUCCCUUUCAGUUUGAGCUUCAAGUUCUGUUUAAAACUUAAACCUUUAUGUAAAAUUCACUGACAAAUCCUCACUCAGCAAAGAUAAAACCCCCCACCUCUAAGUACAAUGUGCGAUCUUCACCUGUACUUUAUAUAGCAGCAUCUCAAUAUUGAUAUCAACACUGCAGAGCCCAGCACAGCACUGGUAUGAAACCAAGUGGCAAACAAGUUAGAAAGUAGAGUCCAGCUCCAUGUUCUGCCUCCACUUUGUACCUUUCUUCACAGCUUGGGCCCACACUCAGAAUGCUGAAGCUGUCAAAAUCAAUGGAAGUUAAGUAGCUAGGGAUCUUUAAAACUCAGGAUUCAGUCCUUGAAUUCUUCAAUCUCUACAUAGGGGUUCACAAGUUCUCAGGAAAGGGGGAGUCCUCUAAAGUUUUUUGUGUCACCCUCUCUGCUGCUGUCCUCCAUACACCUCCUGCUUGAAAAAUCCAAGGGAACCAGCACACAGUCCCACACAACCCUCUGCUGCAAAACUAGAACCCUCACUUUUGCACAGAUCCAGCAAGCCAAAGUGAUUUAUUUUUGACCUAGCUCAUGUGCACAGAAGACUGUUGAGAAAUUGUGCAUGUGGUUUGGCUGUUGUCAUCUUCAGCAAUCCAUUUUAGAAAUGCCAUUUCUCAGUGCUAAAUUGUUUUAAUUCACAAAAGAAGUGAAAUGCUUCCUUUCCACCCCCCACCCCACCCUUUUAUAUUAAGAUGUGUCUAAGCAGGCUAUUUACUCAUUACUCCAGUCACAGUAAUUUAUGGGAAGACCUGUAUACUGGUCUCAUCAUGGUAUAUGACAUGAAAUAGGUUUUUUCCAGUUGCUGAUCAUUCCACAAUUGUUCAAGAAGUAAGAUGAUACCAUCAAUUUACCAAAGGAAGUUUCAUUUCUUUCAGUGUAAAGGACCAAUUUACCACAGCACAGAAGCACAAAUGUUGGAUUUUAUGCAAUGUAGAUAAAAGCAUCUGGCAGCUAGCAAUCCCUCUUCACUGAGCCUCUCUAAUUUGAGCAGAGCUUCUAUAGGGAUAUCACCAAAGGGUCUCAGCAGCCCUCACCAGCAACAUGCCAGGGACUCCAGAAGUUGUACAACAGCAAGGAAGAAGUAAUUUCCACUAAUCCCUUCAGAAUGCAUACUUUAUGUGUGACACUAAUACGAUACUAAACAAACAGUUUUGGCCAAACAUUUAAAAAACCAGUAGUGCUGGCUUUUUAAAAAGAAAAAAUGAAAAUACACAUGGCCUACGUGUGUCUACAUCAGUUUUUUCACUUAGUGCUCCGAGGUCUCCAAGCUGAAAACUAAAAGCAGAGGGAAGAAGAAAUGCCCUAAUUCUGCAGAUAUUAGUAGAGCUAUGCUGUAUGAUCCUGGAUUAAUGCAAUAAUGAGCUCGCCUGUGGAACCAGAUCCCUCAAAUUCCAAUUUUUGGCAAAAUCACAAGUUGAGGUUUGCAUAGUCUACACUGCCACACUGAAUCAGGGAGCUGAGUUUAUGGAAAGCAUUUUUGGUUAAGAAACAUGGCAACAGGAUCUAUUCAAUCAUUUUACCCCAACAUCCCACUUUUCAAAAGGCAGUUUAUCUACUUCAGUAAAUUUUGUCUGACUCCCAUGGAGCAUCAGGGCCCUGUUUCCUGUCCAUGCAUUUGGUCCAUCUGGGCUGUGGUGAAGUGCCACAGUUCCACAAGCAGCAAGCUGCAGUGAGAGAGCUGAGCUGGCAGACAGGCACAGGUACACAAAUUCAAGCAAGGGACAAAUAUCUCCUCCACAAUCAGGCUGUGACACCUGAGCCCCCCACUCUGCAGAGGAAGACAGGACUGGAUACCAAAGGGAGAACAGCCAGGAAGGGCAGAGCAUGGUGGUGACAGAGCCCUGUAGCACACACUGUUUGCUAGAGCAGAUGGGAGCACGGGAUUGAGGUGUGCAAUGACAACAGCAAGAACCUUCUUUCAGUUUCCCCCACUUCCUCUUCUCUGCCACUUUCUCCUCCCCCACUUUUGUCAUUUUUGUGAGACUGCAAACAUACUUCUAUAGGCCCUUCAAUUAGAACUGAAAGUAAGCCAAAGGGAGUGGACACUCCAUUUCACCAAAGAUCUAAGUUUUUUCUGUUUGAAAAUUAAAAAAAAAAAAAAAAUCAAAUUUUAUUUCCAUGAUGAUGGCUGCCAGAGGAAGCAUUUUACCACAAAACGUGAUUCCCAGGACUUAAUCUCUCUAGCUGUAUAUUCAAGAGGAGCCAAUAGUACUUCUUAAGAGAGACUGUAAAUUACCUUGUCAAACAAGUGCUUACAUUGGGUUUACCUUCUGGUGAGUUCAUUCCUAUUUGCAAUUCCUUGGUCUCAUCCAUGUUUCCUCCCUCUACCUUUUUGCUCUUCUUCAGAAGAACACUUCCCCGUGUCCACCAUGUCCUAUUGUGCCGCUAGCUUUGUAUGGUCCUUGGGUGUCCAGUGGUCGGGCAGUCACUGUCAGCUGGCUUGCAAAUUGUAUUUUGUGUAUAUUUUAUUCUGACUGAAUUCUGAAAUAGAAAUAUUUUAAAACAAAAAGUAUAAACUAUUUAUGUUGCUUGUGUUGUAGAAUAAAGAUGCAAAUGCAAAAUAAA